AUCCCUCUAUCAGCUGUACAGAUAUAUCAAACUAUGCAUGUGGGUAAAAUUACACAAUGAUAAAUAUUUAUGUAAAGUGUUAGUCCUCUUGUAGCAAGCAAUACUGAUUAUUUUACACUCUACACAUAUUUUAAAAUGUCAUUUAUGUAUAAAUAUGAGACAUUACUACAAUUAUGAUGAAAACAACAGAAACAACAUAUAGAGGUGUGCAUUAGCUCACAUGCCUGGUUACUGUACUUUAAAGUUGCAGGAAUACAUGUUGAGUUAUAUAAGCCAGAAAAGUCACGCAGAUGGAUGGAAAAGUGCAAAUCUAUAUACCUCCAUAUUAACCCUUUGAAUGCUGGGAAAUUUGUCGUCUGCUAAAAUGUCGUCUGCUGAAUUUGUAAAAUAAGCAUUUUCUUCAUUUUUUUCAAAGAAUACUAUCAGAAUAGCAAACAGUUUGGAUCCUGAUGAGACGCCACGUUCUGUGGCGUCUCAUCUGGAUCCAAACUGUUUGCAAAGGCCUUUAAAAUUCAGCUCCAGCGCUUUAAGGGUUAAGCCCAAGAAGCGUUAAUUUAUUGUCCAUGUAUGUUUUUAUUUGACACUUUAUACUUGUUUGAAGCAUUACAUAAUAUCACUUACUAUUCCUUAGUAUGUACAUGUAUUAAUUGUUUAUUUCAGCCAGUGCAGUAAAGUGACCCAGAUUUCGGAGCUGACCAACUCGCAGCCCACAGGCCUAGAGGGGCUGUCAGUGGAGCUGGAAACUGUCCUGGGGGAAAUUAAAACCCUGCAAAUCAGUCAGAAGGCCAGCAUUCAGUCAUUGCAGAGAACAUACAAGGAACAUAGUGCAGUUAUGAUAGAGCAAAUGCUUGGCAAUUUAAAUACUUAUAUAGAUGAAUGUGAUAAUAGUUCUGUGGGUACAUCAGGCGGAAAUGAGCAAUAUUUAAAAGAAGAGAUGUGUAGGAGUGUUCUCUCUAUCGUGAAUGAAUUUGAUAAUAUUACUGCGAAGGAACUUAACGAGAUGAAAGAUGAAGUUAUAAGUAUUAAAGAGUCAGUUACAAGUUCUAUUCAUAAAUGCACCACUCUUCACAAUGACUUGUCACAAUUCCAUGAACUUGUUCAGAAAAUUGGAGAUAAUAAGGAGCUCUGUCUUAUAGCCAGCAUAAAAUGUAAGCAUAUAAUACAGCAGGCAUUGACUCUGCUAGGAAAGUCAGGCAAGGCGUUUAACGUCCAGCGGAAGUCUGUGCACAAUGUUAGAAUACCAAGUGAUUCAUAUAAAUGUAGUAUUGCAGGCAUAUGUGUUCUGACUGAUGGGCAGGUGCUGGUCGCAGACUUGAAGAAUAAGAGGAUCAAGCUGCUGAACCAGCAGUACCAGGUGGUGAAUCACUGGGAUGUGACUGCUGGGCCAUGGGACAUAUGUUUGAUCACAUCCAGUGAGGUUGCAGUGGCUGUGAAUGACCAUGCUAGCAAGAUACAUGAGGUCCAGUUUAUCACUGUCAACCAGGGAAAGCUUGUUUCUGGCAGGAAGUUUCAGUUACAACAUGAAUGUACAUGUAUUACCCAUCACCAAGGAGACCUUUUUGUCACCUCUGGUCAAGAACUGUACAAAUACACAUUGAGUGGCAAACUGAUCUGCAGUCUCUACCAAGAUAGAUCAGCUGAUUGGACAGUAUACAAUUGUGCUGUGAGUCCCACAGGAGACAGGCUGUACAUCACCUGCUGGGACCAGAACAAGCUUCUCACCCUGGCCAGGGAUGGCACACUCCUGGCUACAUACUCAGACCCAGCACUACGUGGCCCACGUGGUCUACAUGUGACCCCUGCAGGCCAGGUGCUGGUCUGUGGAUGGCUGUCCCACACUGUACUACAGAUGGACAGGGAGGGGCAGAGUAAGCUGGCUAAUCUUGCUACUUGGGGAGAUGGAGUGUGGAACCCAUUGUCAGUCUGCUACUGCAGCACCACAUCAUCCAUUGCUGUGGGACAGUGGAGGGACAGCAUCCUGGUGUUCAGAGUGGAAUAGUGUGUACAUUUGCUGCUGGGUCGAGACAACGAUGUUGAGGAUGUGGGGGACAAGCAUGAAGCAGAAGGAGAGCACCAGCAGUGAUAUCAAGUUGGCCAACCAACAGCACCAGUCGGGCCUGCAGGAGCCCCAACACAAAACAAUCCUUUCCCUCCCCUGAUCCCUAGCUCCUCCCACUGGACCUCCGGCUUCAAAUGGUCAGCAUCGUUACACAAGUCUGUUCUGCAAUAAAUCCUCAGCACGUCAAGUUUUCACGCGCUGUUAUGAACAACCGAAAUGUCUGUGUCGAGAUUUCCCCAAGCAAGCCCGAGUAGUUUUGUUUAGCUCUAGUGCCCGAGUAGGAUGAGUGUUACAGAAGCGAGACGUUAUAGCAAUACUUAUGGUAACGCUAACAGUUAACGUUAACAGCUAGUUCUCGCUGUGGACAUCACGAAGAAUCUCACGAAGAAUGAAACGUUGAAUAAUUUGUUUAAUUCUUUGUAAGACAGCUAUAUAUUCAGCGAGGAACGGGAGCAAAUCAAGGAACAAUCGAGACGAUUCAUUCAGAAGAAUAUCUGCUGUAGAUAGGACAGUAGUAGCGUUACGGACUGUCCUCAGCGCACAAUAUAUUCAUGUGGUGCACCUCAGACGCAAAUUCCCCCCAUUAUUGAAAACAAGUUGCUAAAAGUAAACACAUCCGGUUUUGCACUCCGAGCCCAAACGGCAUCGCAUUGAAUUGAGACUAAAGGAGGCUUAAAAACAUGACACCAGUUUUGUUGUAAGGUACGCCCUUCGACUCUCAACCCGAAGUUUAUCAGAACUCAAACUUGGCCCUUAACAAUAUCUGCAAAGCCAGCAUAUCAGCUCAGCUUCUGAGCUUCAGCAAACACUUUAAGCCGCCAAGAUAAAAACAUCGUUGAAGUGAAAGUAGAUGACUAUCCUGACCCCUUCGCUUAAGUAAUUCAGCACAAAAACGUCUUGCGUCAGAGUAGCAAACCUCCAAACAUCUUCUCCCAUGUCGGCUACAUCAACACUUCUUACAGCGGAGCCUUGACGAGUUUGACUUCCGUCCCAGCAUCGAUGUUGCUUAGCAACAAUUCAAUGCUGGGAAUUGACAAAUUGUUCCAGACGAGUCGCUUACACAGAAACUACUUGAUCCAACAGAUAGAGAAGGCGUUGCGUGACUUGUUCCUUAUUGCGACUGACCUCGAUAAGUUGCUCUCGAAUAAUGUGAACCUUAUGUUAGUAUGUGAUUGACGCCAUUUAACAACAGUUGCUGUUGAGAAUUCCCGGAUUUGAGGUGGCAACUUUGGGGUCGGGACUCGCUCCUUCUCUGUCUAUGGCCCGGUCGAAGCAGCAGCAGCAGCAGCAAUAAGAACAACAAAGCCUGUUCCUCCUGGUCCAGGACCUUUGGACAAAUGUUCAAAUAGUACUACCCACAGGAUGAAGCCACUCUGAAUCCGGGGCUCCAUACUUUCUUGGCAAGGGGCCAAGACUACCUCGUCAAUAAGCAGAGCACCAGCAUUGAUAUCGAGUUGGCCCAGCAACCGCACCAGUCCCGCCUGCAGGAGCCCCAGUCCAGAACGACCGUUCCCCUCCCUUGACUUCUAACUCCUCUCCCUUGACCGCCUGCCUCAAAAAGUCAGCAUCGUUGAACAACUCCAUUCUGCAGGAAAUUCUGAGCAUGAUUCUGUUCUGAACAAACGCAAUGCCCACGUCACGUUUUCCAAACAUAAGCCUGGGUAGUUUUGUUAAGCUAGAGUUCCGCGUGGGCCUGAAAGGGACAAGUGUUACAGACACGCAAAGUUAUAGCAGUAGUUAUGGGAACGCUAACAGUCAGUUGUUGCUGUUGGACAUCACAACAAAUAUCAUGAAGAAUAAAAAGUUCAAUAACUUGUUCCAAUCUUUAUGGGACAAACAGAAAUUGAACGGAAGAAAAUCAAGGAACAAUAAAAGCGUAAGCUUUCCAAGUGGGAUACAUCUGCUGCUGAUAGUUUGAACAACAGUAGGGUUACGGACUGCCCCAGAUUGUCCUCUCAGCGGCCUGAAUAUCAUAAUAGAACGGACUUUUGGCAAUAUUUCUGACAAAGAAAGGCAAUAAUGACUUGGUUGUGAAUACCCAGAGCACGAUACAUCCAUGCUGACAAAGAACCCGGUAAUGACUUGGUUGUGAACACCCAGAGCGGGAUACAUCCAUGCUGACGCAGUAAGGCAGUAAUGACUUGGUUGUGAACACCCAGAGCACAAUACAUCCAUGCUGAUACAGAAAGGCAGUAAUGACUUGGUUGUGAACACCCAGAGCACAAUACAUACAUGCUGACACAGAAAGGCAGUAUGACUUGGCUGUGAACACAGAACACAAUACACCCAUGCUGACACAGAAAGGCAGUAAUGACUUGGUUGUGAACACCCAGAGCAAGAUAUUUCCAUGCUGACACAGAAAGGCAGUAAUGACUAUGCUGUGAACACCUUGAGCACAAUACAUCCAUGCUGACACAGAAAGGCAGUAAUGACUUGGUUGUGAACACCCAGAGCACGAUACAUCCAUGCUGACACAGAAAGGCAGUAUGACUUGGCUGUGAACACAGAACACAAUACACCCAUGCUGACACAGAAAGGCAGUAAUGACUUGGUUGUGAACACCCAGAGCAAGAUAUUUCCAUGCUGACACAGAAAGGCAGUAAUGACUAUGCUGUGAACACCUUGAGCAAGAUAUAUCCUUGCUAACUCAUAAAGGCAGUAAUAACUAUGCUGUGAACACCCGGAGCAUAAUACAUCCAUGCUGACACAGAAAGGCAGUAAUGACUAUGUUGUGAACACCCAGAGCAAGAUAUAUCUAUGCUGACACAGAAAGGCAGUAAUGACUAUGCUGUGAACACCCAAAGCACAAUACAUCCAUGCUGAAACAGAAAGGCAGUAAUGACUUGGUUGUGAACACAGAGCACAAUACAUCCUUGUUGACACAGAAAGGCAGUAAUGACUUUGCAGUGAACUCAGAGCACGAUACAUCAAUGCUGACACAGAAAGGCAGUAAUGACUUGGAUGUAAACACCCAGAGCACAAUACAUCCAUGAUUACACAGAAAGGCAGUAAAGACUUGGUUGUAAACACUAAGAUAUCCAUACAUCCAUGGGGUGUGCCACAGACGAAAAUUACGCCCACCAUUUUGAACAAGGUGCUUAAAGUGAACAUGUCUGGUUUUGUUAUGAGCACUUAGCACUCCGAGUCCAAAAGGCCUCACAUUGAAUUGAUGCAAGAGAAGGCUUUGAAAAAUAACAGCAGUUUUGUUGUGUGGUCCAGUACACCCUUCGACUCGCAACCUGAAGAAAGCAGAAGUCAAACUCGGCUCUUAGCAAUAUCAGCAAGGUCAGCAUGUCAUCUCAGCUUCUAGAGCUUCAGUGAACUUUACUAGCAAACAUGACAAACGUCAUUGAAAUGAAAGUCGAUGACAACCCCCUUCUUGCACAAAUACUACAACUUGCUUAAGAAAAUCAGCAUGAAGACGUCUUGCGUCAGACUACCAAGCCUCCUAUCAAUAUCUCCUCCCAUAUUGGGUACAUCAAUACUUCCAACAGCAGAGCCUUGGUGAGUUUGACUUCCGUCUCAGCAUCCAUGUCGCUUAGCAACAAUUGAAUGAUGGGCGUCGACAAAUUAGGCCGGACAAGUCGCUCAAACUGAAACGAUCUGAUCCAACAGGUAGAGCAAGCGUUGCGUGACACGUCCGUUAAUGUGACUGACCUCGAUAUGUUGUUCUCGAAUAAUGUGAACCUUAGGCCUGGAGAGCAGUAUGCGAUUGACGCCAUUCAACAACAGUUGUUAAUGGCAAUUCUCAGGUUUGGGGUGGCGACUUCAGCGUCAGGACUUGCUCCAUCUCUGUCUAUGGCCCAGUCCCAGCAGCAGCAGCAGCAACAAGAACAAUAAAGCCGGUUCCUACAGGACCCGAUGCACUGAUUAUGCACAUGUGACUCUUGUACGCAGCUGAAUAAAAGGCUCUCUGGUCAGCUGGACCCGGACGCCAAGGGACACUUCCUGCCCAAGUACCGUGAGGCAAAUGCUCAAUGAGUUCUACCCGAAGUGUGCAGCGUCUUUAAACCUGUGGCUCCAGACUGUCUUACCCAGGGGCCAAGAUUACUUUAUCUGCAAGAGGCCUCAUACUCACAGGUUCCCCAACUACAACUCAGCCACAACAUCCUAAUCGGAAAGUCCUGUUGCCAUGGCAAAACGGGACAACUUGUCAAUCAACAUGGAACAGUACCCUGAAAAUCACGACCAUCUAAAGAACUGUGCAACUGUGCCAAGCGUGACCCUUUAGAGAAAGGGGCUUCCAUGCCGAAGGUCAAAUUGUGGCCGUUGUUCAGUGUCAAGCGGAAUCCUAGCAACCAAGCCACGUCAGCACAGCAGCAAAAACAGUUUCAGCAGCAGUCGUAUACUAAACAUCAACAACAGUUGUGCAUAUGCAUUAAACUACGAGAGUAAACAAGUUGACUGCGUAAUGUGGCAUCAAAGUUUGCAAGGAGAAACCAUGCAAUUGAGGAAGCCAAGAAACCAUGUGAUAAUUUCAAGCAGCUUACCUACUCUUGAAACCCGGAUAGCAAAGCAUUGAGUUUGUUCUGGAAGCAUUUGUAGUCACAGCUCAUUAAGCAUCCCCCUGAAGCAGGACCCUCAGUCUACGGACGCCAAUUGACGAAAUAAAACUUGUCAUUCAGCAACACAGCCAGUUGCAACAGUUGUUACCAUAUUGACCCCAGUCAAAACUAGGAGCUCAGAGAUAACACAGCCAGUUGCAGCAGUUGUUACCGUAUGACCCCAGUCAAAACUAAGAGCUCAGAGACAAUCAGCAACACAGCCAGUUGCAGCAGUUGUUACCAAAUUGACCCCAGUUACAACUAGGAGCUCAGAGACAAUCAGCAACACAGCCAGUUGCAGCAGUUGUUACCGUAUGACCCCAGUCAAAACAAGGAGCUCAGAGAUAAAUACUGUUUAAGAUAGAUAUUCUCUACAUUCCUCAUGGUCAGCCAACACAGCCAGUUGCAGCAGUUGUUACCAUAUUGACCCCAGUCAAAACUAGGAGCUCAGAGACAAUUAGCAACACAGCCAGUUGCAGCAGUUGUUACCAUAUUGACCCCAGUCAAAACUAGGAGCUCAGAGACAAUCAGCAACACAGCCAGUUGCAGCAGUUGUUACCAAAUUGACCCCAGUUACAACUAGGAGCUCAGAGACAAUCAGCAACACAGCCAGUUGCAGCAGUUGUUACCGUAUGACCCCAGUCAAAACUAGGAGCUCAGAGAUAAAUACUGUUUAAGAUAGAUAUUCUCUACAUUCCUCAUGGUAUGUUAAGCACAAACUCUGACAGAUCUCAUCUUUGAACUUUGUAACGGGCGAAAAAUAAAUGACCUUGUUCAGAAUGAAAUGGCAGAAUGACGAAGCACAACAAUUUAAGGGGAAACCAUAAAUUAAUGUGACCAGCAAAGAUGUGUUCAAAGCAAAACAAUAUGUCAUGUCUUUGGGGACUGAAUUUUGAUGGUGUCAUUCAUUAAACAUUGAAUAUUUUUGUUAAAUAUAGUUAAAUAUAAUGAUAUAAAGGAUAUUUGAUUAAGGCGUGUAUGUUAAUUAUUACUUUAAGCACAAAUAUAGCACGUCUAUCAAUUACUUAUGAAACUUGCACCUGAUAAUGAUAAAUGCAUGAAAAUUAAAUUGUACUUAAGACAUUAUUUCAUACGUUGAGCUUAAGAAAAUUGAAAGCUGUUUAAAUUAUGCUGGUAACAUUAUAUACAAAAUAUGUAUUGGAUUAUAUUCAUGUAAAAAACAAGUUUCAGUUUUCUGUUGUAACAUGCAAUAUAGAAGUAUUAUCAAGAAUCGUGUUAAGUAUGGCACUAUUCGAAAUGAAUAUUCAUUAAAUAAAGACAAAAUCAUUUAAUCUUCUUUCAAUUGUCAAUUCUGUAUGUACUACUACUACCUUAUUUAUUUGACUUGAUAUGGUUUGUUAAAUUAUAAGAUAAUGCCUCUUUAUUUGGAAAGCUUUCAAUGUUUUGAAACUGAGUAUUUAAAAAUGAAUUAUUAAAAGAAUUAUGAAAAAUCAUGACUGAUGUCAAAGUUAUGUUUGAUUUUGCCAAUUUUGUGUUGAUAUUUAAUAUACAUGUACUUACAUGCUCAUAAGUGCUGACAUUUGUUUUUGAACAUAAUAGUUUUUUAUGUUUUAUAUCGUGUAUAUACACAUUUACAAGUCCAAAUUUUCAUCCUCUCAAUCACUCCGUAACUUUACCAACAAUAAAUGUUGGAUCUCUGUAUAUAGGUAAAUUGUGCAAUUAAUAUAUAGAGCAACUGCAACAAAUCAGUCAGUUACAAAUCAAGGCAGAGUGAUGUAAUAUGCUGGCAAUUGUUAAGUAGUGCAGUUGUCUCUUUUUGUUCUCAGGUUAGAGCAAUGUUGUUUGCUUCAAAAAUAAGAACACAGUCUCCCUCGUAAGAAAAUUAAUGUGUUCACAUCUCAACAUAACAAGUAAAUUCAUAGAGAAAAUCAAAUUAUUUACAUGAUAUACUCGACAAUUAGUCUAAUGGAAUUUGUAGAAUAAAAAAUAACAUGUAAUUAUGACGAUUAUAAGUGAAUGUUUGACACAAAAUGUCUCUUCAGAAAUGUGUAUAUUUUAAUGAUAAAUCUAUACAUUGUACUUGCUGUACUUUUUAUAGUAUAUUUUAUGAACGUGCAGCUGAUAAGUGAAUGUGACAAUUUACGAGUUAUGUUACAAUUUGUUACACGUUGACAUGGCCACAUAAGCUGUUAAUGGAGUGCAUUCACUGCGGCCAGUUUCCAGAAAUCUCCCAAUUAAAAAACACCAGAAAAUAUCUUAAGAUCAGAUAGUUUGGUUGUUCACAUUAGUUUUGAUUUAUUUAUUGAUUGUGUUAUGCCUUGUACUCUUAAUUUGUUAUCAAAUAUUUAAGUUUAUAUGACUUGAAGAGACUUACAUGUUUAUUUUAUUGAUGUGUUUGUGCUGAUUUCUUGCAUUCUGAUUAAAGAAUAUUCAAGUGGAAAAAGAAUAUUAUUAUGCAUUGAAAGUGUGUUGUGAUUUCAAAUAAAAAUACUAUGAAACUAUAGUUCAGUCGUUUGAUUACAAAGUUAUUACAAAGGUGAUCAAUUGCUCAUCAAGUGUAGGUGUUUGCAUACGGACAUAAUAUGUCUGUGCUUUAUAUGUAUAUAAUGUAGAUCCCCAUUUACCAGAACAUAUUUUGAUGUGCUUAAAUGUGCUAAUAGCCUGAUGAAAUUCGUGUUGACUAUGCGUUUUACAUUUUGCCAUUUUUAUUUAAAAAAUGAAAAACAAAUGAAUUGUCAGUGUAAAUAAAUACUGUAUUGUUGUUCAAUCAGUUAAACUAUUUCACUGUUUUCAUGCAUAUGUUCAAAUCAUUUUCAUUUUUGUUCAAUCUUUAAGAUGCAACGCUUGUGUAAUUUACUUUAUGAAACUUAUAUAUACACAAAAAUGCAGUACAGAUGUAUAUCAAAUGACUGCUGUGGGCUUGUGGUAAACAGAAAACCAUGCUUUAAAUUGAAAAACCUUGUUAUAUGCCAUGUUUUUCAUUUAAUAAUAUUAAAAGCACUCUUGAAAUUGAACUUCUUGAAAAUAUGUUUCAUUGUUUUGUAAAAAUAUCUUAAGUUAUCUAUUCUAAAUUAUCUAUUCUUAUAUAAGAAAUACAAAUUAAAAUUGGUUAUUGGAAAUAAGUCAAUUAAAAGUCAAGGGAUAAUGAUGUAAUGUACUUAAAAAUGUCAAAACUGCUAUUGUCUCUAUUUGUAUUCUAGAUAUGUUAUAUCCUUAAACAAACAAAUACAAUGUUGUCUCCUUGUUGAAUAGGUGUUGUGUACCUCUGAACAUGUCAAGUCAUUUACUUUAGUAUUUUAAAUUAGUUCUCACUAUCUGCACCCGUAAGUCACUCAUGAAUUUUGUGUAAUAAACAUUGGAUAAAUA